CUAUCCACAAUUUAAGAAAAGCUCAUGUGUAUUGUAAAAAAAACGUUUUAAAUAUAAUGGAAGAAGUAAAUUUAGAAAAUUUGAUAAAGUCUCAUCAAAAUCUUCAAAGCCAGAUCGAGAAAUUUUGUGUUAAAUUGCCUAGUUUACAAAUUUUGCAAUCUAAUGCCCAAGUAUUAUCAAAUGAUAUUCAUAAUUCAUGGAGUGUGGCUGAGGGAGUUAUAAGUAAGAUAAGAAACCUUGAUCAAACAAGAAAUAGGGUUCAAACAUGCUUGCGGAAAGUAGAGAAUCUGUUAAACCUUAAAUUUUGUACAGUGGGUGUUCAAAUGUGUAUGAAAAAUAUGGAUUACGAGAAAGCAGCUUCCCAUAUAAACAAAUAUUUAUCUUUUGAUGAAACAUUUUUAAUGAAAUCAUCAAAUUUUGACACCUUAGAUAAAUCAAAUAAACAAUUAAAAGAAUCAUUUGAAAUAUUAAAUAAAUGUAAAUCAGAGUUAAAUUGUGUAAUCAAUCAAAAAUUUGACAUGGCUAUUAUUCAAAAUGACAGAGCAGAAAUUGAAAGAUAUUUUAAAAUAUACCCAUUGUUAAAAGCAAAUGAUGAUGGUCUAACCAAGUUUAGUGACUAUCUUGCUUCACAGUUUAAGUUAAAUAAUCAAAAUAUUCAGCAAAUUUUAUCAAAAAUCAAGAAUGAUAAAUUUCCAUUAUCAAACAAAAAUUCUACAAACAGUUAUUCCCAUAUACUGACACUUUUAUUUGAAAAUUUUGUAAACAUCAUUGAGACAAAUCAACCAUUAGUUGAAGCUUAUUAUGGUAAAAGUAACUUGAAAUCCGUUUUAAAAGUUCUACAAACUGAAUGUGACAAAGUGUCUCACGACAUUCUAAUGUCUCUACAAGAAGCGUUCGGGUUAAAAAUCAAAUUACAAGCAAUUCAUCUCGAAAUUAAUUGUCCAAAUCGAAUUGCAAUCGCCAACGCAAACCAACCAAACGAAAAAUCCCUUAGCAUUAAAGAACUAGACCUUAUUUUGGACGAAAUUACUUCAUGCAUUACGCAGACCCAAUAUUUCUUCAAAUUUUUGGAAACCAUUAUUCAAGGUGACGAAGAGAAAUUAGACGAAAAUAUCGAUUCAACACCCGCCAAGCAACUGCACCUUAUAUUUAGGUUGAUUCUCGAUUCUGGGUUAAAUGGCGAUAUUCAGAGAUUGCUCGCCGAUUAUAUCACCUUAGAGCAGGGCUUUAUGAAGAAAAGCUUUAAAAAGGCUGAAGGAAUGAAUCACGCUAUGAAGAUGGGAUCUCAUUCUACGUCAUCCAUCGUGGAUGAUACUUUCUUUGUCAUACAAAAAUGUGUCAAACGCUCGAUUUCCACUUUCCACGUUGACGGUAUUUGCGCAGUCGUGAAUCACUGCGCCGACCUAUUUGAAAACGAUCUCGCCGAUAAUCACCUCUCUUCAGCUUCGUAUUACUCCGUCACUGCUCCCAAAAGUUCUCGCGCGGUCGCUGGAAACCUCUUAGUCGAUCUAAGUCACGCCGCUUACACCUCAUUGGUAAGCCCCUCCGUCAACCAAACGCCUGAUCAAUCGCAAGUUGACAUAGGACCCUCCAAUCAGAGUGGAAAUACGAUGUCCGCUUAUUCGAAUUCAAGUUACCAAACGGCGCAACAGAAAAUGAAAUUCGGGGAAGAGGCUUAUAUAACAUUAAACGACACCGAAUUGAGCAUCAAAUACUUGGAAAAACUUAUAAAAGAUUUGGAGGAAGAAAGCAACUUUGCCAUGGACUUUCAACAUAACAAAACGAUAGCAAAGGAAAAAUUUAUGAAUUGCCUGUCCAAUUUUUCCAUGUGCGAAAAGGUAUUGCAAAAUAUUUUGCAAAAAGGCCUCAAAGCAAUCAACGAAAACGUGCUGAGAGUGAAAACUAGACCUCUCAUCGAGAAUUUUGCCAAAAUUAAUCACGAUAUUACAGAAAAUGAAAUGGCUCUCUACGAAGCUCAUGAUCCCUGGUUACAACCUAUUUUAUACGAAAUUCAAUCUUUAAUAACCGAUAUUCGGGCCUCUUUAACAUCAACAUUGUUCAAUAAACUGAUAUCUCUCUAUGUUUCUGACAUUCCUAUUUACCUGGAAAAUGCUAUUAUGAAGACGAGAUUUAAUCGACUCGGAGCCUUAUAUUUUGACAAGGAGCUCAGACAACUAGUAAAUUUCUUAACAUCCUUGACAUCUUCUUGGGCAACCAGAGAUAAAUUUUCCAGACUAUCACAGAUAAAUAUGAUAUUGAACAUCGAAAAUGUACAAGAAAUAAACGAUAUAUGUAAUCCUUCUAGCAAUAUAAUUUGGAAAAUUACGAACCACGAUAUAAAACAAAUCUUGAUUUUGCGAGUUGAUUUUGUGAAACAAGAUGUUGACAAUUUGAAAAUAUGAAAUGAAUCACUUUUAGAAAUAUUAUAUUUUAUAUUAUAUAAAUAUGGAUAAAAAAAUGCAAUUUUUAUAUUUAAGUAAUAUUUAUUUCCUUCUUAAAAUACUUGGUGUUUAUGGUUUUU